AGCCUAAAAAAGUUUGAAAGAAGAAGAAGAAGUGUGUUGUCCGAGACUGGGCUGAAGAUGAGAAAAACCCUGAUUAUGUGACUUUCCUGGCUGUGUACGUAAAAAUAGUUAAUUAAAUCAUCCCAGUCAUUGGCAGGAGAAUAGAUGGAUGGCAUUGAAAAGUUCCAGAGGCUACAAAUAGUGCAAUAAAAUGGAUGAAGUUGUCUUCCGGAUGGAGCAAAAUUUGGAGGCUUUCCAGGUUCGAAUGGGAAUGGCGGCUGAGAGUGGGAUGAGAAUUGUUCGACAGGCAUCGGAUGAGGGCAGAAAUAUGGCACUGAGGGCUCUGAGGGAUCCCUCUUUCGAUGGCGUGCGCAAUUCCUUCCAGAGUAUCUGGUCCAGCUGUCUUGAACUUCUUGAAAGGAUAAGACACUCAGCAGUGGAUAUGGCAGAUCCUAAUUUCCUCUAUGAUCAACUCCAACUCUACUUCAGAGAUGAGAUCUCUAGAAAUAAUAUGUUCUUCGUGUGCGUGGGAUUGGGUCUUGGGACAGCUGGAGGCUUUCUCUUGGGCCUCUGGCUAGCACGUCCCUCAGUCUCUGCUCCCGUUAUGAAAUCCAUCUCAUGCUCCUACUUUGGUGCCGCGGAAAGUGUCUCCCUGACCAGGGUAUCAGUUCCACAGAUGUUCUCAGACACAGAUAUCCUCAUUCGUAUUCGAGCAGCUUCGUUCCAUCGACUGGAUGAGCAAAUAACCCGUGGCUAUGGCAGAACUCUCCGGCGGAUGAUCAGCAACACUCCAGAAACUCCUCUGGUUCUGGGGCGCGCUGCCGCCGGGGUCGUUGAGGCUGUCGGCAGAGAUUGUCGCAGUGGCCUAGAGAUUGGGGAUGAGGUAUGGCUAGUGGCUCCCUGGUAUGCUCCCGGAGUGGCUGCAGAGGUGGCUGUGGUGCCAGAAAGUCGCGUGGGAAGGAAACCCUUCAUCACGGGUUUCGAGGGGGCUGCCAGCCUCCCUUACAGUGGCUGCGUGGCGAUGGGGGCGCUCAAGCAGGCUGAUCUGGGGGAACACAAUUGCGCCGGGAAGCGCAUUCUCGUGCAGGACGGAUGCUCACCUGUGGGAUGUGUCUUGACUCAACUGGCCAAGAAAUGGGGAGCCACUGUAACAGCUACAUGCUACGUGAGAUCAGUUCCUGUCAUCCGGGCUCUUGGAGCUGAUGAUGUUAUCACUCUGAGAGGCGAAAGUCCCUCUGAUGGCCUCUUCCUGUCCACCGACUCGAGCCUGGUGGAGAAAUUUAACCUCAGCCAUGCUCUGGCCACUCGCGAAGUCACCUUCGAUGUCAUCUUCUUCACCACAUUCGUCAGCUACGACAAGAGUUUCCUGCACAAGUACCUGUCACCGGGCGGAAGGAUCAUUGACACGUGCGAAAUGCCGCUGCUGUCGGAUGAUUUGGGUUUUCUGGGCAGGUGCUUUCUAUCGUGCUUUGUGGCUCUGAGACGAUUUGCCGGAUGGGUGAUACGAAGUCCACCAGAUUGGGGUGGUCCCCAUCUGUGUCACCUCACCCUCGACAGACUUGCUGGCUAUGUCAAUGAGGGCCUGCUGCAGACUGUUGUGGACCAGGUGUUCACUCCUGAGGAUGCUCAGCGUGCCAUCGAACACAUUUGCAGUGAAAAAGCCAUUGGGAGCACCAUUGUAACUUUCCGGGACAGCAAAUAAUGUGCAUUGGUGUUUUGUGUUCAAAUAAAAAAAAAGGAUUCUUGAUGCUAUUAGGACCAAUUUAGCAAAGAUCCAAAAAGAAAAAAUUGUUGAAAGGACAAAUAAAAGUCGUGUUUUAAAUGUACAGAAGAAA